AUGGUGGCGCAAUGCCAGGAAACGUUACAAGCAUGCGCACUAGGAAGUCGUCAGAAUAACGGCAUUAAAUAAUUCUUAUAUAUGAUUUUUGUUACAAAUUAUACAUCAAACAUUAUUUCUGAGAUUACUGUUAUUGGUAUAUUUUGAUUUAAGUACACUUAAACUGAGAUUUUAAAUGAUGUCGUACAGAUGACACGGCUGCCGCAAACUUGCUGAGCACUGUCGUAAAUGGUGUCACUCGCGGGUGUUCCAGCGACAGGGACAAGAUGGCGGCGGCCAUCCGCUGCACGCUGCCGGCCUGCCAGUGUGAGUGCUUCUCGCCGGGGAAGACUCAGCUGCGCACUUGUGAAACCUGCAAGCACGGAUGGGUCGCGCACGCUCUGGACAAGCUCAGCACUCGGCACCUCUAUACCUCAACGCAACCGGAAAUCGUGCAAUCGAAUGUCGUGUUCGACAUCGCGAGCCUGGUGCUGUACGGGACGCAGGCCACGCCCAUCCGGCUGAAGAUCCUGCUGGACCGACUGUUCAGCGUGCUGAAGCAGGAGGAGGUGCUGCAGAUCCUCCACGGGCUGGGCUGGACAUACGAGGACUACGUCAGGGGAUACAUCCUGCAGGACUGCCAGGGGAAGGUUCUGGAGCAGUGGAUCAUCGCCAGCCGGGACGAGGAGAUCAUCACCAUGCAGCAGUUCCUGAGAUUCGGCGAGACCAAGUCCAUCGUGGAGCUCAUGUUCAUGCACGCGAAGGACGGGACCGUCGGGGCCUGCUGCAGCCCGCCAAAGACUGAGUCCGACAUCCGGGCGUUUAUCGAGAGCACCCACAGCAGGCUGCGCAGCCCCGGGCACUCCCGCAGCCCUGUCCUCUCCCCCCACACCGACGCCACGUCCACCGCAAGCACACAUAGUAACGACAGCGUGGCCGUCAGCGUGCCGCCCUCCGCCAGAAUAACCACCACCCCGCCGCCUCUACUCGAGAACUACCCGCCGACGUCGGUCACCCCAAAUGGUCUGGUGAUCGAGCCGCACCUCGCGGUGUCUACAGAGAACCCCUCUCCAACGCCGCAGGCUGUGUCCCCUGUGAAAUCUGAACCCGGCAGCAGAGUGGAGAAAAGCAUGACCACCAUCCAGCAGGAGCAGGCCGACAUACGGGCCAAGCUGGGCCUGGAGUCCUCGGUAAACUCUCCCCACAGCAUGGAGGGCCAGGUGGUCCCCACGUCCCAGCACGGGCACUCGCACUACGCCGAGAUGAAGCUGAAGAGCCUCCGUAAGGUUCACACCGACCCGAAGAGAAGGUGGAGCAUGUAUCGCGGCCACGCCCACUCCAACAGGGUCAUGUGCCCGUCCUGCGGCAAGAGCUUCUACGACAAGGGGACGCUGAAGAUACACUACAGCUCCGUCCACCUGAAGAUCAAGCACAAGUGCACGAUAGAGGGCUGCAACAUGGUGUUCAGCUCCCUACGCAGCAGGAACAGACACAGUGCGAACCCGAACCCCCGGCUACACAUGCCCAUGCUGCGGAAGAACCGCGAGGGCAACACGAACACGGUCCGUAACAUGAUCGACAGCACAAAGCCCCCGUCCUCCUGCACCUCUUCCCCCUUAGCUCAGCACAUCGCCACCACCAUCUCCCCCCUAACCAUCACCUCGGCUCCCUGUGCCUCCAGAGAGUCGUCUCCUCCCAUCUCCACCAGCCCGGCGGCGCUCACCCCCACCCCUCACUUCGACGCCAUUUGGAGCACCAGCAUGUUCCACCGGGCGCUUGUCGGGGUCACCGACGCCCUGGCGCAUAUGGGCGGUCACACCGCCAUCCCCAUGCCCAUCGCCCCCACGAUCCCCAUCUCCACCCCCUCCUCAGCCUCCAGCCCCCUUCCCCCCGUCUCCCUCCCCUCAAUACCCCUGCCACAGAACGACAUCAUUCCAAAGAAGAAGUCUAGAAAGUCCAGCACCCCUAUUAAGCUCACCAAAGUCACGGAGGAGAUAGAGGACAUGGAGGACAGUGUUUCCACGGUGGUUAGCGAGAAGGGAGAGGAAGAAAACGAAGAAGGGGAAGAGGAGGAGAGAGGAGGCGGUGGGGAGGACGGCACGGAGCUCAGCCAGGAGCAGGUCAGAAAGAGAAAGAGCAAACCGCCUGAAAAAUGUACCCAAGAAGAGGAAGAGUACGCAGAGAGCGACAGCACAUUGCGGGAAAGUCCCGACCAACUCGACGACAAGAAGGUGAAUUCUCACGAAGAAGGGGAGACGGGCAGUAGUCCCAAAAUUGACAAUGAACAUGACGGUGCCAAUGAGGAUCGGAAAAUGGAAGAGAUGCUAGAAAACAAAGAUGAGGACUGCAGAAAAGAAGAGGAAGAUAAACGAGACGAGCAGUCAGAUGAGGACACUUAUUCCUGUAACGGACACGAAAACCCCGGUAGCGGGCAUACCAAAGAAACAUUGUCCGACGUCGCGACCCGAUUGGCUGCUAACUUCGGGCUCUACAACCUUGGCACCGAGAUGUCAGGCGUCAACAGCUUCAUUCCAGUGCAGAAAAUCAAGCAGGAGAUUCCCGACCAGCCGGACAGUCUGAGCCUUUACGGCUCCUUCCUGAAAGGGUCUCCCUUUGAGACGAGUCCCCUGUACCCAUACCUGUACGGGCAGAAAGCCAUUCCCGAGAUGGGCUUACCGCAGAGCCUGAUGCACAGUCCCUACAGCGAAGUGCACGCGGCCAGGAUGGAGGUGAACCAGAGCCCCUCCGACCGCUCCGGAAACGAGUCCCCGGACGGCAUGGCCUUCAACUCCAAGACGUGCCACGUGUGCAGCAAGACCUUCAAGAGUACAUACAGUGUGAAGUUGCAUUACAAAAAUGUGCACCUGAAGGAAAUGCACACCUGCACGGUGGACGGGUGCAACGCGACGUUCCCAUCCAAGCGCAGCCGGGACAGGCACAGUGCGAACAUCAACCUCCACCGCAAGCUCCUCACAAGAGACAUGACCGACGGCACCAAGGCCGGCUUCGGCUACGGUCAGAGUCUUCGGGACGAGUUCCUCGCAAAGAUAUACGGCAGCCAGGGUCUGGCCUUGCCUAUGACGAACGGGGACGGGCGAAUACCAGACUUUACUGUCCUCCCCCACUUUGGUCACGACGUCCAGAGAAUCCCAUCUUACAGAGAGGACUACAACAACCCCGGCAUGGAGAGCAAGGAGGGCGACGGUAGAACCGGAGAGGACCCUGAAGAGGAAGACGUGUCGUGCAAAGCAGCUGUCAACGGAGAGGUUAGCAGCAAGUCCCACGAAAACAACGCGCACGACUCCAGCGCUAUUGACCUGCGCACAAGAGGAAGUGAACCGGACGAGGAAGAUAACCCUGCGUUGUUACACAGUGACCAACCAGACUUCGAGGACAAGAACCCUCCAUCCCACGGUUCUGAGGCCGAUGCGGAUGAAAGCGACGACGUUAGUGUAACCAUUGACGGGGAAGACAUGGACGAGAGAAGUAGCCCGGACAGUAGCGAAGUCUUCGCCUCUAACGGAGGGGAGAGACUACCGCAGAUGGUCGGGUCCAGCGAACAGAGUAACACUACCUCAUUUUAAACCUGCAAGUUUCUACAAGAAUAGUUCCAUUGUCUGCAACCUUUGCCACAAGCUGUACAGCAACAAGAGCACCCUCCGCGUGCAUUACAGGACGGUGCACCUGCGCGAGAUGCACAAGUGUAAGGUCCCCGGGUGCAACAUGAUGUUCUCUUCAGUCCGCAGUCGCAAUCGGCACAGCCAGAACCCCAACCUGCAUAAGAACCUCUGACUGUCCGCCGACGGGGGCUGCACGUUUCUUCCACACAACUGGGGCUCAAACUUGUUCGAUUGCUGACAGAAUUCGAAAGGUCAUGUCUCGUUGUCAAAGGCCUGGCAAGUUAAUGUGUAGAUUUGUUUAGACCUGUCUCCAAAAGGCGACAUUUUAUUGUGAUUUUGUCAAGAGAUACCAAAGACUGAAAUUUAUAAAUCUGUUGUUGAUUUGGCAAAGUUUAUUUCUACAACGGAAAAUGAAUCCGAAACGGAUGCACGGCAAUAAAGAUGUAGAGAGGACUAUACCAAAGAUUAGACUUUAGUCCGAAUCCACAAGCACAGCACAAUCCGUUUAAAGUGAUAGUUGUUCAGCACUCUGUGUACUCAGCCUCUAUCAUGACAAUGAUAACAGGGCUAUGAUAGGUAAAGUACACACUAAAUAAGGGUUUGCAAUAUUUGCAAGACACAAUGGAGAUUUUUUUCUUGGCAAUCUAAAGUUCAUUUGGUUACCGAGUUUCGUGGUCUUUGAUCCUAUUAGCCAAAUUUGGAGAAACCAUUUUGUAUGACUGAAGCUGAAAAAAGAAAAGAGAGAAGUAGAAUACAUUUGUUGGAUGCUGCUGAAGUGAGUUCAGUCUGGUUUGAACCGGAACGAAUCACAGAAAUGCCUCACAAUGGAUCAGAUUUGAGCCCCACGUUCCAAACCAAAGAGUAUUUGUACAGAAGCUUUAAUAUACUACUGAGAGAAGACCAAAGGCACUAUAUUUCGUACCACACUGUAAGCAGCAAAGUGUUGUCCUGCACAUAUGCUGGAGACAUGUUUCUAUCUGUGUGAAAAAAAGGCAAGCACCAAUUCAGAAAUAGAGUCAAUUUGUUGGACAGUUUGUAGAGACGAGGAUUAUAAGGGUAAAUGUCACUUAGAUAAAUAAUAAGCGGGAGGAAAGCUGUUCUGCUUUUUCAAUUGUUACCCAAGAUGUGUAUCAAUUUUUCCUACUAAUAAUUGUUGUGUGCUCCGGUGGUGCAAGUUCAUACUGUUCUGUACUCUAGUAUUUGUCCAUGUUUUUUUUUUUUUUUUCUCUGUGGCGUUGUGUUUCUUGUUCCUGAUCGUGCUCGAAAAGACCUGAGGUCGUGUGUGUUUUGUGUUUCUGAAACGUUACGAACUACAUUGUACAUGUACGCUUUAAGUUCAACACAGCCUCCCAGCUCUCAUAAGGAGGUUUGGCAGCACUAUGUAGUUAGUUAGGGUUCAGUGUCAGAAGAAUGUAAACCAAAGACUUUUGUACCACAACCACUGUUGCUGUGUGUGCAUGACCAUUAGCCCAUCAGUCGUGUGUUGUUUGAGAGAGAAAAACAGAGAUAUUUAUAUACAUACUACACAGUGAUUUUGCAUAUCAAAGAAGCACUGUGUGCCCUGAAGGUAUGGCUAUUGUACAGUAUAAUGCCAAAUUUGUGUCUACACUGUGAUUCGUGUCAUUCGUUUUCUAUAGCUUCACAGUUGCACUGGAGCAGCCAAUGAUAAUGAAUGUAACAAGAGCUGAGAGAAGUAUUUUGAUGUGCCAAUUUAUUGAGCUCUCUGCCAUAUGGUUUAUCGUGUUAUCAAUAUUAGACCAAUUGACUAGGUGGAAUUAGGACGGCUGUCAGGUAGAGAGUAAUGCACUAGUUUUCCCAGUGGGCAGAGUAUGUGCAGGAGCACUGUGCUAGGAAAUGACCUGCCCGGAUCAAUACGUUAGCCAAGGAGAGACAGACCUACAUGCCUAGUGCUCUCUCAUUUAUAUGUUGCCUUGCGAUGGUGUUGUGAGAAAAAAACACACACCAACAACGAUACCAAAGAAAAAAUACACUACUGGUUCCAAAAGCUUUAGAUGGAAACUGUAUGUAUGUACAUGUAUGUAUGUACCGAUCCUAUGCCGCGCCUCAGGGAGUUAGAAAUAUAUAUAUAUGGCAGGCUGGGUGGUUGCUUAUCCGAGUUUCAGAUUUAUUCCAAAUAUCUAUAUAUCAUAUAUUGGAAUAUUUAGCAAUACGUAGCGUGUCUGUAAGCAAUUAUCAUUCAUGUGUCGGUUUUAUUUUUCGUAAUAUAUUAUAUAUAAAUCACCUUUUUGAAAGGUUAGUAGCCAUAGAUGUUUAUUAUUACCAUACCACGAGAGUAUUAUUUUUGUGACUGGUGCUAGUUUUAAAACAUAGCCGUUCAGUAUUUUGCAUCUUGUUAUGAUAUAUACAUAUAUGUAUAUAUAUAUCUAUAAAUAUAUAUUUUGUGUAUCGUCUUUAUGUGCAAAACGUUCUGUUGUCUUCCAGAUAUAUAUGUGGCCUGGCCAUUGAUUCAUUUCUAAGAAAUGACUAAGUCUAAUUUGUGGAAAGGAAAAUGUCCAGAUGCGUGUAGAUGGUCACACAGGUUCUGUGUCCAGUGGCUGUAGUGUGAAGCUGCUUUUAUCGUGUAGCACAGAAAAAAAAGUACUACAACUAUGUUUUUUACAGUUCUGUGCUCCCAACUGUGGUGGUACCCUUUUCGGACUGUCUGAUUGAAUAUCGUAUGGUCAGUGCACGUAGAUGUAUCACCAUCAUAUUGUAUGUUGUUGGCAUUCCUUGUAUGUGCGUCAUUUGUAUGGCUCCCAUACGUCUGGUUUCCAUUUGGCGUGUUGCGUCCAUUCCUCAAAUCUGAUAUACAACGUUGCGACGGCAGUGGAAGACCAAGUAGAUUAAUUUGAGCUGUGUCACAAUUGUGAUAUUAGUAUAUCUGUCAUCCCGGAGUGGUGAGUGCAGCAAAAACGGAUCUUAUUGUGGUGAGAUUGACGGAUAAAGGCGAGUCUACCGCUGAUAAAAAUGGAUGUAUGCCACCCCCCAACCACAUGAUGACAUAUUGAUUUUGCAUUGGCUACACGCUUCUAUUCCACCUGCCUCUAUUUGCUAUUGCCGAGCUCUUUCUUUGUACGAUUGGCAUUUUUUGGUGGUCUCUUGUAAAUCGAAAAAAAAUCACACAAUGAAACAAAUAGUCUGAAAUGGUAUUUUUUAUUGCUCCAUUCUUCUGUAAGAAGUCUGCUUCUUUUGUUAAACAACGGAGGCAAAUACUCAAGAUGUUCUUUCUUUCUCAGAAUAGUUUUGUGAGGAUCAAAUUGAAAAUAUUACCCAUAUCUCACUAAGCCAGAUUGUCGCUUGUUUGACCAUACGACUACUAAUAUGUAAAAGUUUGUAUUGCUGGCAAUGCAAGAAGAGCCAUUCCUCGCUAUCAAGUUCCCAAAUAAAAUGGGAGCCUUGAAUGUCACCAAAAAAAACAGACAAAGCUCAACUGAAAAAAAAUAAUUGGCAAUAUCUGCUUGUCUGUCUCCUGAGUUUUACAGCUCUUUUCAUUCCGUACUUCCUGCGACCCUAAUGGCUUAGCAGGUGGUCAUUUUAAUCCUAACGCUGACCGUUCCUAAGCGAUGUUCUCACCCGAGCGACUGAGGCUCGGUGAUAACGCCUUAUUGGUUUUUCCUCUUUGAGACGCAGCCCGGGAUUAGGGGUCACAUUACUUCGGUCUUGGCAAUUUUCCUCUCGGCUCAUUUGGGUUCACUUUGGACCAGAAAGGUGGCCCGUAUCUACCUGGUUUACACGAAAUCUGAUGCCAAUUAUUACCUCAAAGAAAUGACAUAACUACCUCCUAAUCCCUUUGCUUCAAAGUCAAUCACGCUAGCAAUACCAAAGACAACGCUGCAGAUAAGGACUUAUUCCCCCAGAGUGCUAUUUUGUGACUUUCGGAUAUCCCUGCAUUCCUACUGAGUUUUUUCUUCUUUCACAGGCAAAAAGUGGAGCCUAAUUCUUACUUAAAACAGUACUUGUGUACACAGGUUUUACCUUAAAGAUGUGAGAUAUUUUACCAAAAAUCAUACAUUGUCAUGUCUUCUCAAAGAUUGUCAUUGGUUUUAAGCUUGCUCAUGUUUCAAAGAUUGUGAUGUUUCAAUAUUGUCUGUAAUAAAUGUAUC